CGUCACGUGAUGUACAAGAUGGCAGCCCGAAGCCCGUUCCGUGCGGCCUUGUUCCGGGACCGGGUGGCGGUUGUGACCGGCGGAGGGAGCGGCAUUGGCGCCGCCGUGGCUGCCGAACUGUUGGCGCUAGAAUGUAAUGUCGUGAUUGCGUCCCGUAAAAUCGAGCGACUGCGUGAAGCUGCAGAACAACUUUCAGCGGCACUGGUGGACUCCAAUCCUGCAAAAGUGACGCCGAUUCAGUGUAACAUUCGUAAGGAGGAUGACUCACUUGUCCUGGUGUCCUGUUCUUGGUAGGUGAGGAACUUGAUGCAGAAGGUCUUGGAGUUCCAUGGUCAGAUUGAUUACCUGGUCAAUAAUGGAGGGGGUCAGUUCAUCAGUCCAGCUGAACACAUCUCCACCAAAGGCUGGAACGCUGUGAUCGACACCAACUUGACGGGAACGUUCCUCUGCUGCCGAGAAGGUAGAGCUCAAGCUACUAAAGUCGGAAUUUUGGAUCAGGAACAGCUUCCCCCUCCUUCCUUUCCUCAUCCCCCCACCAUGCUCACUCCCUCCCUCACCUUUCCUCUUUCAGCAUAUUGCUCCUGGAUGAAGGAGAAUGGCGGGGCCAUCGUCAACAUUGUGGCAGACAUGUGGAAAGGAUUCCCGGGAGUAUCACACACGGGAGCAGCGAGAGCAGCUGUGGACAACCUCACCAAGAGUCUGGCCAUCGAGUGGGCCGACAGUGGGGUACGGGUGAACUCAGUGGCUCCUGGAAUGAUUUUUUCAGAAUCAGCUGUGGCCAACUACAAGGAGCAUGGACCCCAAAUCUUCAGAAGUUAUGUCCCAAGAAUUCCUGCCAAGAGACUGGGUGUUCCAGAGGAGGUCGCUCCUGUUGUUUGCUUCCUGCUUUCACCGGCUGCCUCCUUCAUCACUGGUGAGACCGUGAAGGUUGAUGCAGGACAAAGUCUCUACCAGAGCCCCUGGGAGAUUCCUAACCAUGACCGCUGGCCGUCAGCUCCAGAAAGCAGGAAUUCUGAACUUAUGGCUGCUUUCCUCUCUGGAAAACCAUCCUCAAAACUGUAGCAGUGCAAGGAAUUUCCACAGGGCAGACAACACUCUUAGUGCGAUCACUUUGCAGUAAUUGCAUUGAUUGGGAGUUGGAGAAUGGAUUCAAGAUAAUUAUUUCCAAUAAAUGAAUGCCCAGUCA